AUUACUGCCGAGAAAAUCGAUUGCGCAUUCACCCUGUCAGACCUGCUCACCCUGCACGCGGCACGCACUACACGAGCCAGGCCUGGGACGGUUCGGUUCGGGAGUCUGGGACAGGAAAGAGAGACCAUUCCGUCGCAGAUUGCAGCUGGUCACAAGAGACCAGCCCAGAUUGCGCCCAGCCAGGGGAACGAGACUAGCAUAGCUCGCAUACCUGGCCAGCAGCAGAAGAAGCAAGGUGCAGUGCGGUCGCUGUCUGGAAUAAAUAAGGUAAACAUGUCGCCCUCGAUGUGGACGAUGAGGUGGUCGCACCAGGUCAUCAAUGAACACCAUCGACACCACUUGAAGUCUUGUUCGACCAUCAGCCGUGUAAACAACGCUCUCAAGUCCAUCAUCCAACGAACAAGACCCGGAGGUCCGUGCACCACUAUCAGCACUCUCCCAGUGUUAUCAGCACCACCGAUUAUCAGCUAGGGCCAGGCCUUUGAUGACGUAGUAGCCGCGGCAGCUCGUCUCCUCCUCCGCACUCGACCACGCAAUAGCAACCGUCCUCGCGGCCUCUGUUUGGCACAUCGAUCUUGGGGACGUCGAUCCAGGGUCCUCAUUCUCCAGCAGACAAACAGUCUUGCCCGAUCUCGAUCCUCCCCCCCACAUUGUGUCACUUUCUCCGGCUGUGUCAUAGUAGGCAUCCAGCCCGUCAGACCUGCCUCAUCCGCAACCCGUCUCAGUACUACAAGUAGCCGGCCGCAUUCAGCCAUCCGAAACGGCUUUCUCUCUUGUUCUCCAUCACCUCCCUUUCUUUAUACCAACAAGACAUACCACCACACCACCACCGCCACCACUACCAACUACCUCGGCUUCACUCACACACGUCACACAAGUCAUACAAGUCAUACCAGUCAUACAAGUCAUACAAGCACCACCACCACCACAACCACCACCACCACAGACACAAACACAGACACCCCGCACGAGGCAUUACCAUCUACCCCGCUUGAGCCCGUUCCUACAAGAACAACUUCAGUCACCAUGAAGUUACUCAACCUUAACGACGGCGUCGAGGCCGGCGUCAUGUGUGUAGAACCCACCCUCACAAACGAUGGCAUGGACGCCCGCAACCUAGCAAAGGCCCACAAGGGUCCCAUUGUCACCCACCUAGAGCAUCUUCCCCGCGGCAUCCACGAGACGCCCGAGGAGAGGAAAAACCACUGGUUCGUCGGCUCCGUCGACCAAGGCACCACCUCUUCCCGCUUCCUUAUCUUCAACGGCGAGGGCGACCCUGUUGCCAGCCACCAGAUUGAGUUUGAGAACCUCUACCCCAAGUCAGGAUGGCAUGAGCACGACCCCAUGACUCUGCUCAACUCGGUCGAAGAGUGCAUUGAAGGUGCCAUGCGUAAGUUUCAACGACUAGGCUUCUCCAAGAACGACAUCCGCUCCAUCGGCAUCACCAACCAGCGCGAAACCACGCUCGUGUGGGACCAUGAAACCGGCGAGCCUCUCUAUAAUGCCGUCGUCUGGUCCGAUACCCGCACCAAGUCCCUUGUCCGCGACCUCAAGGACAAGGACGGCGCCGAUGCCAUCAAGGACCUUUGCGGUCUUCCCCUCUCCACUUAUCCCAGCAGCGUCAAGCUUCUUUGGCUCAUUGAGAAUGUUGAGGCCGUCAAGCAGGCCUACGAAGAAGGCCGUCUUGCCUUCGGCACUGUCGACACUUGGCUCAUCUACAAGCUCAAUGGCGGUGCCCAGGCUGAGAGUCCUGUCCACGUAACAGACAGCACCAACGCCAGCAGAACCAUGUUCAUGAACAUUCGCACUCUGCAGUAUGACGACAAGAUGCUAGGAUUCUUCGGAAUUGACCGAACCAAGGUGCAUUUGCCCAAGAUCGUCCCUUCGUCGGACCCUGAAUGUUUCGGUCGCAUUGCCAGUGGUGCGCUGUCGGGUGUGCCGAUCGCUGGUUGCUUGGGCGAUCAAUCCAGCGCCCUGGUUGGCCAGUGCGGCUUCAACCCCGGCCAAGCAAAGAACACCUACGGCACUGGCUGCUUCCUGCUCUACAACGUCGGCACCGAGCCCGUCAUCUCGCAGUACGGUCUUCUGUCCACUGUCGCCUACGACUUUGGCCAGGGCCGCGCGCCCGUCUACGCCCUCGAAGGCAGCAUUGCUGUCGCCGGCGCCGGCGUCACCUUCCUCCAGAACAACCUCAACUUCAUUGAGAACGCUAAGCAAAUCAACGACCUUGCCGAGUCGGUGCCCGACAACGGAGGUGUUGUGUUUGUCACCGCCUUCAGCGGCCUGUUCGCCCCUUACUGGAUCGAUGAUGCAAAGGGAACUUUGUUCGGAAUUACUCAACACACCCAAAAGGGACACAUUGCUCGUGCCACUCUCGAGGCUACUUGCUUCCAGACCAAGGCUAUCCUUGAUGCCAUGGAGAAAGACUCGGGCUGCAAGCUCAAGCUCCUCGCUGUCGAUGGUGGUCUCUCCAACUCCGACCUGACCAUGCAGACCCAGGCUGACAUCAGCGGUAUUCCCGUUGAUCGCCCGGCCAUGUGCGAAACCACCGCUCUUGGCGCUGCCAUUGCGGCCGGCCUCGCUACCGGUGUCUGGAGCGAUACCACCGAGCUCCAGGAAGUUAACCGGACCGGCCGGAAGGUCUUUGAGCCUAAGAUUUCUCGCAAGUGUGCCGAGAAGAGGUUCAAGAAGUGGAACCAGGCUGUUCAGAUGAGCCGCGGCUGGCUGCAAGACAAUGACAACGAAGACGACGAGUGCGACGAGGAGGUGAAGAAGGCCUAAGCCGGACACCUCGCUUUCUCACCCUUUCUAUGCGCAUUCUCUUUCCAGAUCCAUCGUCUCACACGAUGAUCUUGUACAACAUUUUGCUUGCUUUAAAAAUACUGCAUUGGGAUUUUGCGAUGGAGUUCGGAUUGAGCAUUUUUGGGUAUAUUUUUUCAUUCUUUUCUCCUGUAUAACUUAUCAUGAUUGGGCUUUUUUUUUGCGAGGAGUUACGGCGAAAAAGGGCGCAAUGAACAAAGCAACACACGCAUGAAUAAGCGUGAAUGGGACUGCCGGCGGGAAUAAAUGGCUUGAUCUAAUACCUUACGAGGAUACCCUCAUUUAGUUCUUGGAACAUUGGGACUUGGAUGGCUAUCAAGUAAUUACAUUAUUAUAUGAAUAUUUCAACAUCAUUAUAUG